AUGACUCUAGCUGAGGAUGUUUGGAAGUUAUACUUCAAUGGCGCUGCGAAUCAGAAAGGGUUUGGAAUUGGUGUGUUGUUAAUAGCACCCGACAGGUCUCACAUCCCGCUCGCCUUCAAGCUAAAUUUUGAGGUCACCAACAAUCAAGCAGAAUAUGAGGCUUGCAUUGUAGGUAUGGAAGCAGCAAUCGAAAUUGGUAUAGAGAAAUUGGAAGUGGUGGGAGAUUCCAACCUGGUAGUGUCACAGGCCAAUGGCGAUUGGAAAGUCAACGAAGAAAAGCUAAAGCCACACCAUCAAGAUCUAGAGGAUCUCAUCCCCCAUUUCGACAAGGUGACUUUCACUCAUGUACUGAGGCUCGAAAAUCGAUUUGCAGAUGCCUUGGCAACUUUGGCAUCCAUGGUCGAAAUCCCUCUCGGUGUGAAGCUAAGGCCAAUUGUAAUCGAACAAAGGGAGACACUGGUAUACCAGCAUGUCAUGGUUGUGGAUGAGCCCGAUGAUGGUCACCCUUGGUAUUAUGACAUUUGGAGAUUUGUGGAAAGAGGAGAAUACCCCAUUGAAGCAAGCAAGAAUGACAAAAUUGCCCUCUAG